AUGGACGCAAACGGAGCCAUCGCCCUGACCAUCCUAUCCGUGCUCGCCAUCAUCCUCAUCGCAGUAUGCUACGGCCGCAGCAUGGUCCGCCUGUUCGCCGGAUCGCUAGCUCAGGCCAAGAAUGCCGAGCGUGCUGCCUCCUCCACACACUUCGGCUUCGAGACCGUCACCGAGUCUGAAAAGCAGGAGCGAGUAGCCGGUGUCUUCACCAGCGUAGCGGAGUCCUACGACCGCAUGAAUGAUCUCAUGUCGUUCGGGUGGCAUCGUAUAUGGAAAGACCACUUCGUCUCCUCUCUUGCGCCGGGUCUCUCCUCCUCCAACCCGCCCGCACCCCAGCACAUCCUCGACAUAGCCGGCGGCACAGGCGACAUCGCCUUCCGCAUGCUGCACCACGCCCACGUGCUGAACGCCAACCCCAACGUGCGCGUGACCAUGUCCGACAUCAACCCGGCGAUGCUCGGCGUCGGCAAGCAGCGCAGCACGGCGCAGCUGCCCGCGUCCCAGCAGGCCGCGCUCUCCUUCCUCGUCGCCAACGCCGAGGACCUGUCGGCGAUCCCGUCGGCCUCCCAGGACCUGUACACGGUCGCCUUUGGCAUCCGCAACUUCAGCAACAUCCCCGCCGCCCUGCGCGAGGCCCACCGCGUCCUCAAGCCCGGCGGCGUCUUCGCCUGCCUCGAGUUCGCCAAGGCCGACCGCUUCCCCCUCUUCAACGCCCUCUACAAGCGCUGGUCCUUCGGCGCCAUCCCCCUCAUCGGCCAGCUCGUCGCCGGCGACCGCGACAGCUACCAGUACCUCGUCGAGAGCAUCGAGCGCUUCCCCAGCCAGCGCGAGUUCCGUGACAUGAUUGUCGACGCCGGCUUUGUUGUGGGCGGCCAGGGCUGGGAGGAUUUGACCGGUGGCGUGGCGGCUAUUCACAAGGGCAUGAAGCCGCUGGCCGCGAAGACAGACUGA